AUGGGCGACCCAGAUACGAUCACUCUUGAUGCAAUAGAGGCUGCAUUCCCAAAUGAAGCCAUUCUCAUCGACGAGAGCUGGGAUCAUCCUCACUUCCUUGAUGGCUUUGACUGGCAACUACCUACCUUGGGUGUAGAGCAUUGGUUAGACGACAUCGAUAGCUUCUCUCUCGAGAACGACAAUUGGUCGAGGAAUCCAAUCUUUCUGGAAACAGAAAGCACUUCUCAAAUGGAUGUCGCAAUUACCAUGAUAAGAGACUUUUUCCAACGCCGCUCGAGGGCACCGACCCCGACGAGACAGGAAUCGAAACACAUGUGGCACCAGUGGUAUUCUGCGCCUCCACACCUUCAGAUAUACGAUGAGGAGGUCAUCAACGUCCUCCUCAAUUUGGCCAAGACUCACAUUUCCAGUACCUUUAGCCUAUUUUCAGACUUUGAAACCACGCCAGACAUGAAGGAAGAGCUUUGCCUCGCAAUGGCUGCAGUUGGAGGACUUUUCUGCACGGUUUCAGAAAGUGCUAAGGUCGCUAAGAAGCUACACAAUGAUGCUCGGAGAAUGCAACUUGAAGCGUGCCUGCCGCCACUCAUGAUCCAUUACCGAGCGGCCAUAGAUGCGGCGAAGACAUCUAUCCUCCUCGAGAUCUAUGGGCUGUGCAGUGGUGAUAAAAGGAGUUACGAGCUUGUUGAAGCUUAUCACGCGGAAACUUUACGCACCAUACGUUUGUGUUGGAUAUCUCCCUUUGAUGGAGACCCGGUUGAGCGAGAAAAACAGCUGAGGUUGCUCUCUGAGGCUGUUCGUAUUCUUGACAGCUACCGUGUACUCCUUCUAUUCCAGCCUCCGUCUUUCUUCGAUGCCUCGCGUGCUAGUGGUCACCUUGGAGAUGAGAAAUCCGAAGCUUUUCAACAGUCAACAGAUCGAUUGCGAUAUCUUAUGAGUCCUGGUUGUGUCAAUGGGGAAACAUCAGGCAGUCUCGAGACUCUGGCUGAGAUCAGCUCAUAUAGCUGGGCUUUGCAUCCUCACGGAUCAGCACAUCCAAAUGAUCAACUUCUGUGGAAUCUUAAUUUCAUUGAGCUUGCCCUCGAAAGGUGGAAUCAGUCGAGAUUGAUGGGCCCUGAACUCCCAACGAAUUCGCAUCUUUCGACAAUGUUACUGUACCAUUUGACACAUAUCAAUCUCCAUUCAAAUUUGAGAUUGCUACAACGGUCCACGAAAGAUUUCAUGGCCCCAGCAAACAGUCCGAAAAGCAGCAAAACUUACCAAGCUAUUGUCGCAUGGGCAGCUUCUUCGCAUUUCAAAAUCUCCCAUUGGCACUCUGAAGCCAUCCAGAGUCUUGUCAGUGAUGCCAUGUCGGCAGCACGCCGUCGCACUCAGUUACAACCGGAGACGUCCCACAUCCUUGAAUCACCUCAUCUCCCCUUCUGUAUCUACUUCUCAACCUUAAUAUUGUGGUACGGAGCUCGCGCAAAAUCUCAAACAGAUCAGUCCAGCGAUGUUAUCAUCGAUAAUGGCAGCCAGCUACUACUUGGACUCAAGGUGAAAGUGGCAAAGCACCUUGCGAGUGCCCUCAACGAUGUUUUGUCGGAGAACAGUAAAUGUCUGAGCUGA